AUGUCCAUGUCAAAGUUACGUAUUUUGGUGCCUGUUAAAAGGGUCAUUGAUUAUCAGAUCAGACCAAGAGUCCUAAAUAAUGCCAUUGACAGCAAGACUAUUAAGUUCAGUAUUAAUCCAUUCGAUGAUAUUGCUGUCGAAGAAGCAGUAAGAAUCAGAGAGAAGAACAAAGAUUUGGUAGAAUUGAUCCAUUCUGUUUCUAUUGGACCAACUAAAGCUCAAGAUGUUUUAAGAACUUGUUUGGCUAAAGGUGUCGAUACUUCAACUUUAGUGGAUUCUGGUGAACAGCAGUUGGAACCUUUGUCUGUAGCUAAGAUUCUAAAGGAAAUUGUAAUGAAGAACAAUUCAAAUUUAGUAAUACUAGGUAAACAGGCCAUCGAUGACGAUAGUAACAAUACCGGUCAGAUGUUGGCUGGUUUGCUAAGUUGGCCACAAGCCACUAACGCUGCAAAAAUCGAAUUCCUUGAAGAUAACACAAAGGUUAAGAUUGUUCGUGAAAUUGAUGGCGGUGAAGAGACUUUGAUCUCUUCAUUACCACUAGUUAUAACUACUGAUCUAAGAUUAAAUACUCCAAGGUAUGUCAGUUUACAAAACAUGAUGAAAGCUAAGAAGAAGCCAAUCGAAAAAUUAAAGUUAUCAGAUUUUAAUAAUAUUGAUACUACACAAAGGUUGAAAACUAUUUCUAUCGAAGAACCCAAACCAAGAGAAAAUGGUAUCAUGGUCAAUUCUGUAGAUGAACUGGUGACUUCUUUGAAAAAUGCAAAAGCUAUUGAAUAA